AUGUCGGAAUAUCCACAACGCCCACUUGAGGUUGUAAAUGGAACGUAUAUGGGAAUAAAGUUUAAUAAUAAUUCCUCAGGUUUCUUUGGAGGAAACUCCACCAAAGCUACCUCGGGUAUCAACGGUGCCCUCACCCGGACCCAGGUAGACUCAAACAUUCAAGACAGUGUCCAGCAGUUUUACAACGAUACCCUAAAGUCCGCACGUGAUAAGGCAAGGCCAGACCUCAUCAAGGUCCUCACUUACAAGUCUGCUGCGGCAGUCGAAUGGUUACAAGAUGUAUUUGGUCUUGACCUCACACUCGUUUCUCGUCUUGGUGGUCACUCCCAGCCCCGCACCCACCGUGGCCAUGAUGCCAAGUUCCCCGGUAUGGCCAUUACUUAUGCGCUGAUGCAGCGCCUUGAGGAGCUUGCGGAGAAGGAACCGGAGCGAGUCAAGAUCAUCAAGAAGGCUCGUGUUACAAAGCUCAACAAGGAGGGUAACAAGGUGACCGGUCUCGACUUUGAGUAUGAGGGAAAGACUUAUACCGAGAACGGACCUGUCAUCCUCGCCACAGGUGGUUACGCUGCCGAUUUCACGGAUUCUUCUUUGUUGAAGAAGUAUCGCUCUGAUGUCUACGGGCUCGCUACUACCAACGGCACCCACGCCACUGGCGACGGGCAGAAGAUGGUUAUGGAAAUUGGUGGUAACGGCAUCGACCUUGACAAGGUGCAGGUGCACCCAACCGGUCUGGUGGAUCCUAAGGAUCCUGGAUCCAAGUGGAAGUUCUUGGCUGCCGAGGCUCUUCGUGGUGAGGGCGGUCUUCUCCUUAAUGCCGAGGGUAACCGCUUCUGUGAUGAGCUCGGUCACAGAGAUUACGUCUCUGGCGAGAUGUUCAAGAACAAGUUCCCCAUCAGACUUAUCCUCAAUAGCAAGUCCUCCAAUGUCCUCGACUUCCACACAAGACAUUACUCAGGCCGUGGUCUCAUGAAGAAGAUGACUGGCCAGGAACUAGCCAAGGAGAUCGGUUGCGGCCCCCAGCACCUCCAGAAGGUAUUCAAAGAAUACAAUGACAUUGCCGACGGUAAGAAGAAGGAUCCGUACGGAAAGAAAUUUUUCCAUAACGGCCCCUUCGACGUCAACGACGACUUCUACGUCGCCCUCAUGGAGCCCGUCCUUCACUUUACCAUGGGUGGUGUUGAGAUUGACGACAAAGCUCGCGUCUUGAACAGCGAGAAAAAGCCCUUCGACGGUCUCUUCGCCUGUGGUGAAUUGGCAGGUGGUGUCCACGGGGCCAACCGUCUCGGUGGCUCCUCCCUCCUCGGAUGCGUCGUCUACGGCCGUGUAGCCGGUGACUCUGCAUCAGAGUAUCUCUUCCAGCAAAUCCUCACCGGUGCACCUUCCUCCGCCGCCGCCCGUCUGAACCAGAUCUCACUCCAUAUCGACCCCAACAACCCCGGCAGACUCACCAUCGAGUGGACCGACCGGGGCCCAAGCGAGGGCUCAGGCACUGAUACAUCCGGCCAGAGGCCAACACACUCUAUAUUCAAGGAUAGUGCUAAGGGGUCCUCCCCCGGAACCGUGGAGAAUUCCGCUGCCAAGAAAGAGUUCUCCAUCCCUGAGAAGGAGUACACGAUGGAGGAGGUUGCAAAGCACAACAAGAAGGAGGACGUGUGGGUUGUUGUUAAGGGUCUUGUCAUGGACCUCAGCGGUUUCUUGGAUGACCACCCCGGUGGUGUUCAGGCCAUUGUAAACUUUGCCGGUAGAGAUGCUACAGAGGAGUUUGCAAUGUUGCACGAUGAUGAGGUCAUCCCGAAGUAUGCACCCGCGACAGUAAUUGGAAGGGUGAAGGGUGUCACUCCUAAGUUGGACCUUUGAAUUUGUCAACCUUUUCUUCCUAUUCGGGUAGGCAUUAUGGUAGAGCUGUAUAUACGAUGCAGGGGCUUUUUAUCCUUUUAAAAAGCAAUGAAAAAAAGCGAAGGUAAAGUGAAGCGCUUGAUUUUACUUCCUUGCUAUCGCUUACCACCCAAAGAUACUUGUAGUAUAAAUCACAAACUAUACUAGAAGCAGCUCCUUAACACGAUAUGUACACCGAAACCCUCAUCCAAGUUAA